AUGGACCGCGAGCACGAGCACCAUGAGGCGCCUGAGGGCUGGCAGUAUCGUUCGCGCAACAUCGGACCUCUCGCCCUCCCAUACUAUGCCUCACCAAAGGCACAGCUCAUUCUGGUAGCAUUCGUAUGCUUCCUUUGUCCAGGCAUGUUCAACGCCCUCAACGGACUCGGCGGUGGUGGCCAGCUGAACGCAAAGGCGGGCAGCGAUUCCAAUACCGCCCUCUACUCCACCUUCGCCGUUGUCGGCUUCUUCGCCGGCACCAUCGUCAACACCAUCGGUAUUCGAUGGUCGCUAGCCUUCGGUGGCAUUGGCUACUCUGUCUACGUGUCCGCCUACCUAUGCUACAACCACACCCAGAACCUCGGAUAUAUGACCUUCUCGGGUGCCUUGCUGGGUGUCUGCGCUGGCAUCUUGUGGACCGCACAAGGCUCGAUCAUGAUGUCCUAUCCAUUGGAGGAAGAGAAGGGCCGCUUCAUCUCCUGGUUCUGGAUGAUCUUUAACAUGGGCGGCGUCAUCGGGAGCUUGGUGCCACUUGGUCAGAACAUCCACUCCGCCAACGACAGCACAGUCUCUGACGGCACCUACAUUGGCUUUCUGAUUCUCACACUCUUGGGAGGAGCCCUUUCCUGGACUUUGAUCGACGCCAAGAAGGUCGUUCGCUACGACGGCUCCCGAGUGAUCCUCAUCAAGCACCCCUCCUGGAAGUCAGAGCUGAUCGGCUUGUACGAGACACUCAUGCUCGACCCAAUGGUCAUCCUGCUGUUCCCCAUGUUCUUCGCCUCCAACUGGUUCUACACCUAUCAAUUCAAUGGCGUCAACUUGGCUCAAUUCACCACCCGCACUCGCGCUCUCAACAACGUUCUCUACUGGACCAUGCAGAUCGUGGGUGCCUUCGUUUUCGGCAAUGUCCUCGACAUGGGCAACUUCCGCCGAACAACCAGAGCCAAGCUUUGCUGGAUCUUGCUCUUCGUUCUAACCUUUGCCGUCUGGGGCGGAGGCUAUGCCUUCCAGGACCAGUACACGCGCGCCAAAGUUGCGGCUGACGGCUACGAGAAGAAAGACUGGACUAGUAGCGGAUACAUUGGCCCCAUGUUCCUCUACAUGUUCUACGGCUUCUACGAUGCUGCCUGGCAAACCUCCGUUUACUGGUUCAUGGGUGCCAUGACGAACAACAGCCGUAGGCUCGCCAAUUACGCCGGCUUCUACAAGGGCAUUCAGUCUGCCGGCGCUGCCAUCAUGUGGCGCAUCGAUGGCCUGGGCAUAGCAUACAUGGCUGAAUUCGCAUCUUGCUGGGCUCUCCUGGCUGGCAGCUUGGUCAUUGCGCUUCCCGUCAUGCUUAUGCACAUCCGCGACAGCGUCCCACUCGAAGAGGAUCUCAAAUUCUCUGACGAAACGAUGGCCGACGUCCAGGGCGCCAAACCCCUCGGCUCGAUUUCCCACGAUGUCGAAGAGCAAAAGCAAAAGGUAUGA